CGCUCGGUCUCGCUGCCCCGCGCCCCCGGCCGGCCGGCGGAGCCAUGCUGCGCUGCCUGCUGCUCGGAGCCUCCAGCCUCCCCAACCUGGAGAAGCGGGACAGGCAGAGCGACCCCGUGGCCAGCCUGACUUUCCGAGCCCCCGCUGUGCUCCAAUACCGGGACAGUGAGCAGCGGACAAAACCCUGCAUGAUUAGUGGCCUGACCCCAGCCCCCGGGGGGGAUCGGAGCGCCAGGGGGUUUGACUGGGAUCUGAAAGGAAUUCCCUUAGACCAGAAUGCCGAGCUCACUGUUGUCGUCAAAGAUCAUGAGACUGUUGGAAGAAACAGGUUUUUGGGGGAAGCCCGAGUGCCCCUGCAGGACGUCCUGGGCUCUCCCACCCUGACUGCCAGCUUUAACGCCCCCCUGCUGGACACCAAGAGGCAGAGCACUGGGGCCUUCCUCAACCUGCAGGUUUCCUACAUUCCUCCACCUGGGGCCGCUCCUCUGUUCCCGCCGCCUACCCCUCCGGAGCCAACACCAUCCACAGCUGAGCUCGACACCGUCACCGAUACAGCCGGGGAGGAAGACACCGAAGACCAGAUAGUGACAGGGGAUGAGACGGAGCCUUCCACAGGGCCCUCUGGGUCGGAGCAGCCCACGCUCCCCCGGAAGCCUCCUUCACACCACGUCCAUGGGAUUAAGAGGAGGAAAAGCGCCCCGAAAAAGCUGCUGUCCAACAAACCGCAGGACUUCCAGAUCAGGGUGCGAGUCAUAGAGGGCAGGCAGCUUCCCGGUGUCAACAUCAAAUCGGUGGUGAAAGUGACGGUUGCCGGACAGACGAAAAGAACUAGGAUCCGCAAAGGGAAUGGCCCGUUCUUCGACGAGAUCUUUUUCUUCAAUGUCUUUGAAUCUCCGGCUGAGCUGUUUGAUGAGCCCAUAUUCAUCACGGUUGUUGAUUCCCGGUCUCUCCGGACAGACUCUGUGAUUGGGGAAUUUCGGCUGGAUGUCGGGACAGUUUAUGCAGAACCAAAGCACGCCUUGCUCAGGAAAUGGCUGCUCCUUUCUGACUCAGAAGACUUUUCUGCUGGGGCCAAAGGUUACGUGAAAGUCAGCCUGUUUGUGCUGGGACCUGGCGACGAAGCUCCCCUGGAGAAGAAAGAAGUCGCUGAAGAGAAGGAAGAUAUUGAGGGGAAUCUUCUGCGCCCAACUGGGGUCACGCUGAGGGGGGCUCACUUCUGCCUGAAAAUUUACAGAGCUGAAGACUUGCCCCAGAUGGACGAUGCCAUCAUCGACAACGUCAAGCAGAUCUUCGGCUUUGAGAGCAACAAGAAGAACCUGGUCGAUCCAUUUGUGGAAGUCAGCUUUGCCGGCAGAACGAUCAGCUCUAAGAUCCUGGAGAAGAACGCCAACCCCCAGUGGAACCAGCGCAUCACCGUGCCAGCCAUGUUUCCUUCCAUGUGUGAGAAAAUGAGGAUCCGGGUCAUGGAUUGGGACCGUGUCACUCACAACGAUGUCAUUGGCACAACCCACCUGCGCAUGUCUCAAAUCUCCGCCCCGGGAGGAGAGCUGGAAGAUGAGUUUCCUGUUCUCACGAAGCCCCUGAAAGCUACAGCCAUGGACGACGGGCUGGGAUUCCUGCCAACGUUUGGGCCCUGUUACGUAAACCUUUACGGCAGCCCGAGGGAAUUUACCGGGUUUCCAGAUCCCUACGAGGAACUCAACAUGGGAAAGGGAGAGGGAGUGGCCUUUCGGGGCAGGUUGCUGAUGGAGCUGGAGACAAAACUGGUGGAACAUAUUGAGCAGAAGUUGGAGGACAUCCCGCCUGACGAUAUUCUACGGCUAGAGAAGCACCUGCGGCGGCGCAAGUACUGCCUCUUCGCCGCCUUCUACUCGGCCAGCAUGCUUCAGGACGUCGACGCCGCCGUCCAGUUCGAAGUCAGCAUCGGCAACUACGGCAACAAGUUUGACAACACGUGCCUGCCGCUGGCCUCCGCCACGCAGUACAGCGGGGCUGUGUUUGACGGUUGCCAGUAUUACUACCUCCCCUGGGGCAAUGUGAAGCCCGUGGUGGUGCUGUCGUCCUACUGGGAGGAUAUCAGCCACAGAACGGACAUGCAGAACCUUCUCCAACGCACUGCAGACAGGCUGGAGGCUGCACUCAGACAGGUGGUAAGUGCCAUUGCUUCGCAAUGCACAGCUAACGUUGGCCUGUUUCUCUGUGCUCCUUUCUCCCACACCCCCAUCUGCAGCCAGCCGCUAGUCGAUGUCAGCGACAAGACAGCCAGCACCCAUCUGGAUCAGAACAUGUACAAAUUCCGCAGCACCAACCUGCACCAGAUUGUCCAGGCAGCUCUGAACCUGAAGCACGAGGAUUCUGACCUCCAGACAGUGCUGGACCAGGCUGAGGACUGGCUCUUGAGGCUAAAAGCCAUGGCAGAGGAGCCCCAGAACAGCCUGCCAGACAUAGUGAUCUGGAUGCUUCGAGGAGACAAGCGUGUGGCUUACGCCCGGGUGCCAGCCCAUGAAGUGCUUUUCUCCAGGACCGGCGCCAACUGCUGUGGCAAGAACUGUGGGAAACUUCAGACGAUAUUUUUGAAAUACCCACAGGAAGAGGCCAUGGGCCCCAGGAUCCCGGCCCAGGUGCGGGUUCAGCUCUGGUUUGGGCUGGCUGUAGACGAGAAGGAGUUUAACAAGUACGCGGAAGGGAAGCUCUCCGUCUUUGCAGAAACCUAUGAGAACCAGGUGAAGCUGGCGCUGGUUGGGAACUGGGGGACGACUGGCCUGACCUACCCCAAAUACAGUGACGUGACCGGCAAAAUCAAACUGCCUAAGGACAGUUUCCGUCCCUCCGUCGGCUGGACGUGGGCCGGGGACUGGUUCAUCAGCCCGGAGAAGACGUUACUUUACGACACGGACGCCGGUCACAUGAGCUUUGUAGAGGAAGUGUUUGAGAAUCAAGUCCGGCUUCCUGGAGGCCAGUGGAUCCACAUGGCUGACGCCUACACGGAUGUGAACGGGGAGAAAGUGCUUCCUAAGGAGGAGAUCGAGUGUCCCCCAGGAUGGAAAUGGGAAGACGUGGAAUGGGACACGGAUCUCAACCGAGCGGUUGAUGAGAGAGGCUGGGAGUACGGCAUCGCUAUCCCGCCAGACCGCAAGCCCAAGGCCUGGGUGCCGGCAGAGAAGAUGUACCACACUAGCCGGCGCCGGCGGUGGGUGCGGCUCCGCAGGAGGGACCUUAAGCAGAUGGAGGCUCUGAAAAAGCACAAGCAGGAGGAGUUGGAAGGUGAGGGCUGGGAAUACGCCUCUCUCUUUGGCUGGAAGUUCCACCUGAACUACCGCAAGACGGACACCUUCCGCCGCCGUCGCUGGAGGCGCCGCAUGGAGCCGCUGGAGCGCACCGGAGCGGCCGCUGUCUUUGCCCUGGAGGGCGCUUUGGGAGGCGUGACAGACGACAAGAGCGACGAUGGCAAAUCGGUUUCGACCUUGAGCUUCGGCGUCAACAGACCCACCAUCUCCUGCAUAUUUGACUAUGGAAGCAGAUACCACCUGCGUUGCUACAUAUACCAAGCUCGGGAUCUGAUCGCCAUGGACAAGGACAGUUUUUCGGAUCCGUACGCCAUCGUCUCCUUCCUCCACCAAAGCCAGAAGACGGUGGUGGUGAAGAACACCUUGAAUCCCCUCUGGGACCAGACUCUCAUCUUCUACGAGAUUGAGAUCUUUGGGGAUCCCCAGAAUGUUGCUGACAUCCCCCCCAACAUCGUUGUGGAGAUUUACGACCACGACACCUAUGGUGCGGACGAGUUCAUGGGCCGCUGCAUUUGCAAACCCAGCUUGGAGCGCUUCCCGAGACUGUCCUGGCACCCUGUCGCUAGAGGGAACAGAAAGGCAGGAGAGCUGCUCGCCGCUUUCGAACUGAUUCAGAGAGAGAAGCCGGCUGUUCACCAUCUCCCUGGCUUCGAGAGCGAGCUGUCCGCCAGUCUGGAUGAGCUGGGCACACCUGCCUUCUUCUACGAAGGGCUCCUGCAAUGGUCUGCAGACUCGGACCUGCCCUACCCUCCGCCCCAGCGGGAGCCCAACAUUUACAUGGUCCCGCAAGGGAUCAAACCGGUGCUCCAGCGCACCGCCAUCGAGAUCUUGGCCUGGGGGCUGAGGAACCUGAAGAGCUAUCAGCUGGCCAGCAUCACCUCCCCCAGCCUCCAGGUGGAGUGCGGAGGCCAGAUGGUUCAGUCCUGCGUCAUCAAGAACGUCAGGAAGAACCCCAACUUCGACAUCUGCGUGCUCUUCAUGGAAGUGCGCCUACCCAAGGAAGCUCUGUACUGCCCUCCUGUCAUCAUCAAAGUCAUCGACAACAGGCAGUUUGGCCGAAAGCCCGUGGUGGGCCAGUGUACCAUCCGGUCCCUCGAGGAGUUCUACUGCGACCCGUACAGAGAGGAAACCGACACCCCCGAGGAACAGCCAGAUGAGGUGAGCCUCACCCCCAGAGACGACGUCCUCAUUGAUAUUGACGACAAGGAGCCUCUGAUUCCUGUCCAGCUUGCAGAGGGCAUGACCAGCUCCGCUCUAAUUAACAUGCCAGCUUCUCGGGCCGAUCUCCAUGAGGAAGAGUUCAUCGACUGGUGGAGCAAGUUCUACGCUUCGACGGGGGAGAGAGAGAAAUGCGGCGGCUACUUAGAGAAGGGCUUUGACACACUGAAGGUCUACGAGACGGAGCUGGAGAAUAUGGAGGAAUUUGAGAGGCUCUCCGACUUCUGCCACACCUUCAAGCUCUACCGCGGCAGAACGCAGGACGCUAACGAAGAUCCCUCGGUGGUGGGGGAAUUCAAGGGCUCGUUCAAAAUGUACCCCCUCCCGGAUGACCCAAGAGUGCCGGUCCCACCACGCCAGUUCCAUCAGCUCCCAGCCAAAGGGCCCCAGGAGUGUCUCAUCAGGAUCUACAUCAUCCGUGCGUUCGACUUGCAACCCAAGGACUCCAAUGGAAAGUGUGACCCCUACGUGAAGAUUUCGGUGGGAAAGAAAUCCAUAAAUGACCAGGACAAUUACAUCCCGUGCACGCUGGAGCCCGUCUUCGGAAAGAUGUUUGAGCUGACCUGCACUCUGCCUUUGGAGAAGGACCUGAAGGUUACUCUCUAUGACUACGACCUCUUGUCGAAGGAUGAGAAGAUUGGCGAGACCGUCAUAGACCUGGAGAACCGGUUCCUGUCGAAAUUCGGGGCCCGGUGCGGCCUGCCCCAGACCUACUGCAUUUCUGGACCCAACCAGUGGCGAGACCAGCUCCGACCUUCCCAACUGCUCCAUCUCUUCUCCCUGCAACGCAACUGCAAAGCUCCCAUCUACAAGCCAGACCGGGUCAUAUUCAGGGAGCAGGAGUACGUCCUCUCUGAGUUCGAGGAUGGCAAGCCCGUCAACCCACACCUGGGAGUGCCGGAGGAGCGGCUCGCCCUGUACGCGCUGCGGAAGCAAGGCCUGGUGCCUGAGCACGUGGAGACAAGGCCUCUCUACAGCCCGCUGCAGCCUGAGAUUGAGCAGGGAAAGCUUCAGAUGUGGGUAGAUUUGUUUCCGAAGUCUCUGGGUCUGCCUGGACCUCCAUUCAAUAUCACGCCGCGCCGAGCAAAAAGGUUCUUCUUGCGCUGCAUUAUCUGGAACACCAAAGACGUGAUCCUAGAUGACCUCAGCAUCACUGGAGAGAAGAUGAGCGACAUCUACGUGAAAGGCUGGAUGAUUGGCCACGAGGAGAACAAACAGAAGACCGAUGUGCAUUACCGGUCUAUGGGAGGCGAAGGGAAUUUCAACUGGAGAUUCGUCUUCCCCUUUGACUACCUUCCCGCUGAGCAAGUCUGUCACAUUGCUAAAAAGGAGCACUUCUGGAGCUUGGACAAGACGGACAAUAAGGUCCCACCCCAGCUUAUCCUCCAGAUCUGGGACAAUGACAAAUUCUCUUUUGAUGACUACUUGGGUUCUGUUCAGAUGGACCUCAACCGGAUGCCAGCACCCGCCAAGACGGCUGAGAAGUGCUCCUUAAACCUCCUGGAUGAGACCUUGUCCUCUGACCGAUUUGUGUCGCUCUUUGAGCAGAAAGCUGUCAAGGGCUGGUGGCCCUGUGUUGUGGAGGCAGAAGAGAAGAAGACCAUAGCAGGUAAGUUGGAAAUGACCUUGGAGAUUGUGACAGAGCAGGAGCAGGAAGAAAGGCCAGCAGGGACGGGCCGCGAUGAGCCAAACAUGAACCCGAAGCUGGAAGACCCCAAGCGCCCGGAAACCUCCUUCCUGUGGUUCACCUCCCCCUACAAAACCAUGAAGUACAUCCUGUGGCGGCGCUUCAAGUGGGUCUUUCUCAUCGCCGUCGUGGUCUUCAUCCUGCUGCUCUUCAUCGGGAUUUUCAUCUACGCCUUCCCGAACUACGCUGCUAUGAAACUGGUCAAACCUUUCAGCUGAACCGGCACUGGCGAGUGCCAGAGAGUCUAGUACAUCCUGGGAUACUGCACGGCACCGUUUGACAUCAGUGACCACUCCUCGUCGGCCUGCGUUGCAGUACAGAGAAGGAAAAGAAACACAUGCUCUCGGAUGCUAGACUGUUGCCAAAAAGCAGCUAUACCUUUGCGACGACGAAGUAUGCACCAUAACGUUUCAGAAGCAGCGUGUAACCGAUACCAGUUUGGAAUAGUUGUUAUUUUACCUUUGUUUUAUAUGCUGCAUUCUGUAAAGCUUGAAUAUCAAUGCACCACUGAGAAAGGGCCUUGUUUGGUAGGGCGUGGUUAGGCUGCGAGGCUUUGCGGAGACAGUGUGGGUGACUGAUCAUGCAGUCCUUAGCGAAGGAAAUGUGGGCUAGUGGUCCGCAUCAUGGCCUACAAGCCAAGUGCUCUUGCGUUCCAGUCACACCUUUCUCGGGGGCCUUGCAUACGUCUCUCUGCCUUAGUUUUGCCCUCUGUGCAAUGUAGAUGAGUUAGCUGGUCUAUAAAGCAUAUCGAAGAUGAAAAGCACUGUGUAGCCUGGGGCGAGUUACAAUGCACCUAUUGCUCCCGCUGAAGUCAGUGGGGGUGAUCUUUGCCUACAUAGGGACUGCAGGCGCAGACUGUGACGAGGAAUAGAAUUAGAAUCUAGAGCAACCAAAUGCAAGGCAGGAUUUGAUUGUAAUUACUGGAGCAAACCUCCCUCGCCCUUCAGCGGGGGGUUCUGCUUGCAGAAGGGCUACAAGGAUUGCUUUCUAUAGCGCUCUUCAUUUUCAUACGCGUCCCCUAAACAGAUACCCUCCUCAUCACAGUGUGCAGACACGUUAAAGAGAAACAGAGUGAAUUCACACUGAAGCCAGACAGUGCAAUGUUAGUUUCCCGUUCCCUCCCCUCCCCUGAAGAAACACGUCACUCCAAAUGCAAUGUUAAAUUAAAUGAUGGCAACACUAAUGAAAUAUACAACCUUACAAUCAGUUUAAUGCCCCUCAACUUCUAAAUCAGGAUUUGGGGAUAAAAGGCAAUAAUUUAAAAUGCACUUACUAUCUAACCUGUGGAACUCACUGCCACAUGAUAUUAUUGAGGGAAAUAGCCUAAUGCAUUUUUUUCUUUUCUCUCUCUCUCUUUUUUAAAGGUUUGGAAGCCAAAUUCUAUGGUUCCUAAUCAGUCCAAGUUGCCAUUGAAAUAAGUGGCCGUUGUGCCCGAGUAAGGAUUGCAAUAUUUGGACUUGCAUAUUUCUCUGUAUGAGAGCAGCAUUUGCAUUUCCUUUUGUUGCCCAUCCUCAUACUUCAGGGCAAAAUAUGAUCACUAGCUGGGAUCAGGAACUAAUUUCUCCCCUGGUAUAGCUAGGUGGAUUAAAAGGGUUUUAUAUCUUUUUCUAAAGCGUCUAGCCUUGGCCACUCUUGGAGGCAGUAUCCUAGACUAGAUGGACCUGGUCUGUUUAGGUUGUUGUUCUGUGUCCAUUACCCUGGUAAGUGAGCACUUUCCAAAAUAAGGAGUGAAAGGCAAAGACCAAUGUCUCUUUCUGAUAGGGUGACCAGACAGCAAGUGUGAAAAAUCGGGACGGGGGUGGGGGGUAAUAGGAGCCUAUAUAAGAAAAAGUUCCCAAAAUCAGGACUGUCCCUAUAAAAUCGGGACAUCUGGUCACUCUACUUUCUGAUAAGGUUAUUCCACUAUUCCUAUUGUCUGUGGGCUCAAUCCUCACCCCACUGAAAUAAAUGGAAGCUUUCCCAUUGACUCCACUGGGAUGAGAGUUUGGUCCAGUCGGUCAGUUUCACUCAGUACCUGAACCCUCUAUGUGUUAUGCAAAGUGUGCAAUGAAAGUGUGCAAUGUGUGGUCCCAUCCAGCACGGUGCUUAAGCACGUGUUUAAAUGGAAGCCCCAAAGAAGCAGAUGAUUAAGUGCUUUGCUGGAUUGAGAGGAGAAGAAACAAGCCCUAAAUCCCUGAUCCAUUGUCAUUAAUUAUUGUGAUAGCACCAGAGCAGGCCAGUCCCUUUGCAAUCACAAGGGACAGCAGCCCCUGCCCUGAAGAACACACACAGCUCUGAAAAGAAAUCACCAAGCUGGCUCAGAUCAAGGAUCCAUCUAUCCCAAUAUCGCGUCUCCAACAGUGGCCAGCCCCAACUGCUUAGAAAAAGGUGCAAGAAACUCUGUCAAAGUCAACAAGGAGUCCAGUGGCACCUUCACGACUAACAGACCACUGGACUUCUUGUUGUUUUUGUGGAUACAGACUAACACGGCUACCCCUGAUACUUGACAUCUGUCAAAGUCAGUGAUGGGAUAGCCUGCUGAUGGGGGAGUUUCUUCCUAACCAUAAGAAUGGCCAGACUGAGUCAGACUAAAGGUCCAUUUAGCCCAGAAUCCCGUCUUCCAACAGUGGCCAAUUCCAGGUGCAGUUAUAUGGUUGCCAUUCCAGUCCCCAAACAGCCCCCAGCCCCACUGACAGGCCUUUCAGGUCAGAAACUGCAUCCAUGUUUGUUUGUAGUCAUCAGACGGCUGCGUUUUAGUCAAAGUUGGGUUAAACUAGAGUCCAGCCUUUCCCCAUUAAGAAGAUUGGGCUAAGAAAGAGAAGUGUAUUGACAAACCCCUGUGUUAUUUGCACCAGUAUUUCAUGUCCUUUUCACAUCUGUGUUGGCUCCGUAUGUUUUGCAAAUGCACCUGUGCCUAUGUGGGCGUCUCAUUUAUUCCUUCCUCCAUACCCAGCCCGUGUCAACGUAUUAUGUUCUGUACCUUCUGCUGGCUGCCGGAGCUUCCGACUCUGCCCUGAUUGCAAAGAGGCACCAUCAAAGCUGCAUUUGGGAAUCAGGCAGAAAAUCCCACCUCCCUUUUCUUCUUGCAUCGGCUUGCAGAGUCCAUGAAAUUCCUUAUCCCAGCACAUUGCUAUCUAACCUCCAACCCUCUCAGAAAGAAAACCUCAGUGCCAGCAACCCAGCAAGGAUAAACCGCCCUGCCAUAACAAACCAAUGUGUGCAGCCAGAUGCUUAUUAGCAACCCUAAACCAACAACCACUCUGUGCACCCAGCGCUGACAAGCAACCCUACCAUAGCAAACCCACAUUUACAGCUCAACUCUCACAAGCCGUCUUGCAUUAAGAAACCACUGUGUUUUCCCCAGCACUUACGAGCAACCCUACCAUAACAAACCAGGGGGGCUGUUCAGUGGCGGCGAAAGAACAUUAAUCAAGGGUACUGAUUUCAGAGUCCCGGGCAUCUAAAUAUACCAUUACAUGGAACAAAAACACUUGGAUGGUAUUGCUUUAAUUUCAUCCCCAUAUAAAGAACAGGAGUACUUGUGGCACCUUGGAGACUAACAAAUUUAUCCCCAUAUAAUACUCUCCACUUUCCCUAGUUCAAACCAUAGGGCCAGAUUUUUCUCUCAGAAGAGUUUGCUGCUCCCACAGACUUAACUGGGCAAAACGGGGCCCUAAAUCGUGAAAGAAGAAAGAUCAAAUGAACGUUAAUUUCAUGUCGCAGCACAAGGAAGCACGUGCACCUGUCUGUCCGCCUAUUGCACGUCGUAUUUUUGCUGCAUCCCGUCCCAUCCCCAAAACAGAUGAGACUUUAAGAGUCAUGCGGAGCGUCUCCUGGGUCACGCUGCUGUUCAAUGUGGGUCGAAAGGGAGGGAGCCGGAAUGUGUUUGUAUCACCUGUUAUGCCUUAGAUGCGAUAUUGCAGAUUUCACUGUGGUUACAAAUGAAACGCUAUGAAACCUU